UUCGCUCUCGCUCACAGACUGCUUAUCUCGGUACAGAUCGUCGGCUCCACUGUUAAGUCUUACAGCUGCCGCCUGUCCCGGUCCACCUGCCGCCUUUCAGCUCCAACUCACCCCCGGAUAUCAAUUAGCGCGCCAAACUUGCUUCGGGACUGUAGGAGCGCUGCAUGUCUUCAACUUGAGGACGAAGAAAGACGUACGAAAACUCCUCGGAAUUCUCCGCGCGCUUUGUACGCAUUGGCACUCUCUGUUUGACGUGUUGAAGUGCUGCUAAAGGAGAAUUCUGGGGAGAUUUCUGACUCUUUCAAUCCUCAAAGAUGAAGCAGCACUUGGGACCUGUUCACUGAGGCGGCUCCCACUUCAAAACAUCCUGCUUCAUUAUGAACCAUGACUAAAGGUUGUGAGGACUUGUCUCCAUCGUCCUGUUGUACAGUGAGGCAGUAAGCUCACGGAGGAUACAGCAUGCGUGUGUCGACAUAUCCCACGAUGCACUGUGCCAGCCCGGGUCUUCUCCUCCUCAGUUUCCUCUUUCUCGCCGAUGCUGACUCUCCUCCAAGAUUUACCCGAACCCCAGAAGACCAGACAGGAGUCCAAGGUGGAGUAGCAUCAUUUGUAUGCCAGGCCGCUGGCGAGCCACAGCCCAAGAUUGUGUGGAACAAGAAAGGCAAAAAAGUUAGCAACCAGAGAUUUGAGGUAAUUGAGUUUGACGACGGGUCCGGUUCGGUCCUGAGGAUCCAGCCUCUGAGAACCCCCAGAGAUGAGGCUAUUUACGAAUGUCACGCCUCCAACUCGGCAGGAGAGCUCACCGCCUCCACCAGACUAAGUGUGCUACGAGAGGACCAACUGCCUUCGGGGUUCCCCACCAUAGAUAUGGGUCCCCAGCUGAAAGUGGUAGAGCGCUCUCGGACCGCCACCAUGCUCUGUGCGGCUAGCGGAAACCCUGACCCAGAAAUUACUUGGUUCAAAGAUUUCUUGCCAGUCAACACAUCCAAUAAUAAUGGACGAAUCAAGCAGCUGCGCUCAGAGUCCUUUGGUGGCACGCCCAUACGAGGUGCACUGCAGAUUGAAAUGAGCGAAGAGUCUGACCAGGGCAAGUAUGAAUGUGUUGCCACCAACAGUGAUGGAACUCGCUAUUCUACUCCAGCAAACCUCUAUGUUCGAGAGCUCCGAGAAGUACGUCGUGUCCCCCCUCGCUUCUCUAUUCCCCCAGCGGACAGCGAGAUCAUGCCAGGGGGUAACGUCAACAUCACCUGCGUGGCAGUAGGCUCACCGAUGCCCUAUGUAAAGUGGAUGCUGGGAGCAGAGGAUUUAACCCCAGAGGAUGAUAUGCCCAUCGGCCGUAAUGUCCUUGAACUGACGGAUGUGCGGCAGUCUAAUAAUUACACCUGUGUUGCCAUGUCUACCCUCGGCGUUAUUGAGGCAGUGGCGCAGAUUAUUGUAAAGGCUCUCCCUAAGGCUCCUGGCACACCUGUCGUGACUGAGCGAACUGCAACAAGCAUCACUCUCACCUGGGACUCUGGCAACCCAGAACCUGUCUCUUAUUAUAUCAUACAACAUCGUUCCAAAGGCUCCGAGGACCCCUAUAAAGAGAUUGAUGGCAUUGCCACCACUCGCUAUAGUGUGGGUGGCCUGAGCCCUUACUCCCAUUAUGACUUCCGCGUGGCAGCUGUUAACACCAUCGGGCAGGGUCCCUCCAGCGAAGUGGUGGAGGCUCGCACAGCAGAGCAGGCGCCCUCCUCACCUCCUCGACAAGUCAGAGGUCGCAUGCUGAGUACCACAACUGCAAUCAUCCACUGGGAUGAGCCAGAGGAACCAAACGGGCAGGUAGUGGGCUACAGGGUGUACUACACCUCAGACAACACACUGCCAGUGAACCAGUGGGAGAAGCAGAUGGUGCGGAGUGCCAAUUUCAUUACCAUUCAGAGUUUGACUCCUAACAAGACAUAUUACAUCAGAGUGUUGGCUUUCACCUCUGUUGGAGACGGCCCUCUUUCCCAGGAUCUGCAAAUCAUCGCCAAAACUGGUGUCCCAUCCCAGCCAUCAGACUUCAAAGGAGAGGCCAAAUCUGAGACAAGUAUCCUGUUGUCCUGGAUAGCUCCACCCCAGGGUGGCCCUGACAACCAGAUCACAGGAUAUGAACUGGUUUAUCGACGAGCAGACGAUACAGAGGAGAAAAAAGUGAGCUUUGAGCCAACAAGCUCCUACCUGUUGAAGAACCUCAAGCCUUUCUCAGCCUACACUUUCCAGUUAGCUGCCCGUAGCAAACAUGGCAUUGGUGCAUACACCAACGAGAUUUCUAUUGACACGCCUCAGACGCUUCCUUCAGCACCUCCCCAGGACAUAACAUGCACCAGCCCCACUUCUACCAGCAUCCUGGUAAGUUGGGCACCACCACCUUUGGAGUUUCAGAACGGCAUCAUUACGGGAUACACCAUCCAGUAUUCAACUACCGGGGGCAACAAAACAUCCAAAAGGAUUGACGGCAUUCCUACGGAAGGUUCUCCGUAUCUCUUGGAAAACCUUGAGAAAUGGACUGAGUACGGAAUAACAGUGCGGGCGCUGACGGAAGCCGGCGACGGACCUGAGAGUUUACAGCUGAUUAUUCGCACCGAGGAAGAUGUUCCAAGUGGUCCUCCUCGAGGGGUGGACGCAGAGACAGUGAACGCCUCAGCCAUUAGGGUGAAAUGGCGAGCGCCAGCCCCUGAGCUGCAGCACGGUCAGAUCCGAGGCUACCAAGUCCACUACGUGAAGAUGAACUACGGCGAGCCUCAGGGUCAGCCCUCCAUCAAGGACAUUCUUAUAGAGGAUUCGCAGUGGGAAUACGACCAAUCAGUUCAAUAUGAUGCGCUUCUUGGAGACUUACAGGCAGACACCUCCUACUCUAUCUCAGUAGGAGCUUACACUGCCAAGGGAGAUGGUGCCCGCAGCAAACCUGUUAGUGUCUGCACUGCUCUGCCUCUGCCUGAAAAACCCAAACUAAUGGUGAGUGCAACUGACACAGGCACCGCUCUGCUUCAGUGGUACCCACCCCAAAAUCCUCCCACACCACUCCUGGGUUACCGUCUCACCUUUGGCCGAGUUGACGUCCUUCCCUUCACGGUGGUGGAGUUUCCCGCCAAAGACAACCGAUACACAGCUGUGGACAUCCAAAAGGGAGCCAACUAUGUGUUCAGACUAUCUGCCCGUAACAAAAUGGGCUAUGGACAGGAGGCCGUUAAAGAAGUGGCCACAGCUGAAGGCACCCCAACUGGAUACCCAGAAAAUAUUAUCUCAGAGGACAUGUCUGCUAAUUCCCUACGCUUGACGUGGAAAUCAGUGCCGCUCGUUGAGCAAAACGGAAAAAUUGUCAAGUAUUCAGUGCUUUACAAAGAUAUAAACAGUCGGGGUAAUUCUUCAGAAGUUGUGGUGCCCACCCCAGGGUCAAGUGUUUUGUUGGAGGGUCUGAGUGCCGAUACUGUGUAUGAUGUCAGGGUGUGCGCGUUCACGGUCGUCGGGCCUGGGCCGUACAGUCCAGGUGUCCAGUUUAGGACGCAGCGGCUAGACCAAGUUUUUGCCACCAACUUCAGAGUGAAGGCAGCCAUGAAGAAUUCUGUUCUGUUGUCUUGGGAGGUCCGAGACAAGAAUCCUACCCAACCAUUUACUAUCCUGUAUGGAAAGGGCCAGUCUGUGGAGGUGGAUGGGAAGCAGACUCAGAAGCUGAUCACUGGUUUGCAGCCAGACACCUUGUACUCUUUCUUGCUUACCAACCGAGCCAACAGUGCCGGGGGCCUGCAGCACCGCGUCACCGCCACUACUGCUCCAGACAUCCUGAAAAGCAAGCCCAUCGUGCUGGGAAAGACCAAUGCUGAUGGCAUGGUGACUGUGCAACUUCCAUCUGUGCAGACGGCAGCUAAAGUCAAGGGUUAUUACCUGGUGGUGGUGCCACUGAAGAAACAGCGAGGAGGGAAGUUUCUGAAUCCAUGGGAGGACCCAGACCAGAUGAACUUAGAUGAGUUGCUGAGAGAAAUUAACCGUACCAGUGUGAGCCGAGCCCUCCGUAUCCGCAGACAAGCCGGCCAAUCAGAUCCCAGAGCUUACGUCAGCGCUAGCUUUAAAACCCUCCCAAUGGAGUUUACGCUCGGUGAUGGCCAAAAUUACGGCGACUACCGCAAUCGUCCAUUGCAGAAUGGCCAGGAAUACGUGUUCUUUGUGCUCGCCCUGCUUGACCUUUCAGAGAACACAAUGUUCUCCACUAGCCCGUAUUCCGAUCCCGUGACAUCAUCAGAUGUGGACCCGCAGCCAAUUAUUGACGAGGAAGAGGGCCUCCUCUGGGUUGUUGGUCCUGUGUUGGCUGUCAUCUUCAUUGUGUGCAUUGUCAUUGCCAUCCUUCUCUUCAAAAGCAAACCCGACAGAAAACGAGCCGAGGCUGAGGGCAGGAAAGGCAGUUUCCCCUGCAGCAAAGCUAUGUCAUCUCACCACCCCACUGAUCCUGUAGAGCUCCGCAGAAUCAACUUUCAGACUCCAGGCAUGGCAAGCCACCCCCCUGUUCCCAUCUCGGAGCUGGCAGAUAAUAUUGAGCGCCUCAAAGCGAACGACAAUCUCAAGUUCUCACAAGAGUAUGAGUCUGUUGACCCCGGUCAGCAGUUCACAUGGGAAAACUCCAACUUGGAAGUCAACAAACCAAAGAACCGCUACGCUAACGUCAUUGCCUACGACCAUUCCAGGGUUAUUCUCUCUGGCAUUGAGGGUGUCCCAGGGAGCGACUACAUCAACGCCAACUAUAUUGAUGGGUACCGGCGUCAAAAUGCCUACAUUGCCACUCAGGGUUCCCUUCCAGAGACCUUUGGAGACUUCUGGAGGAUGGUGUGGGAGCAGCAUACAGCCAAUAUCAUCAUGAUGACCAAGCUGGAGGAGAAGUCAAGGAUGCCCUCUUAUUUCUUCUCUAAGGUAAAGUGUGAUCAGUACUGGCCAACACGAGGCACAGAAACCUACGGCCUGAUUCAGGUCACUCUGCUGGACACAGUGGAGCUGGCCACAUACUCUGUCAGGACCUUUGCGCUUUACAAGAGUGGCUCCAAUGAGAAGCGUGAGGUUCGUCACUUCCAAUUCACAGCCUGGCCAGACCACGGGGUACCCGAGCACCCCACUCCAUUCUUGGCCUUCUUACGAAGGGUCAAGGCCUGCAACCCUGCCGAUGCAGGACCUAUGAUCGUUCACUGCAGUGCCGGAGUGGGCCGUACAGGUUGUUUCAUUGUGAUCGACGCCAUGGUGGAACGGAUCAAGCACGAGAAGACCGUGGACAUCUACGGUCACGUUACGCUAAUGCGCUCCCAGAGAAACUACAUGGUCCAGACUGAGGACCAGUAUAUCUUCAUAUAUGAUGCGCUGCUGGAAGCGGUGACCUGCGGGAACACGGAGGUCCCUGCCAGGAACCUGUACUCAUACAUCCAGCGGCUGACGCAGAUUGAGCCUGGCGACAAUGUCACCGGCAUGGAGCUGGAGUUCAAGCGCCUGGCCAGUGCCAAGGCCCACACAUCGCGCUUUGUCAGUGCCAACCUGCCAUGCAACAAGUUCAAGAACAGACUCGUCAACAUAAUGCCAUACGAAACUACGCGCGUCCCCCUGCAGCCAAUCAGAGGAGUGGAGGGGUCAGACUACAUCAAUGCCAGCUUUAUUGAUGGAUACAGUGUCUCUAGGCAACAGAAGGCCUAUAUAGCAACCCAAGGACCGUUAGCAGAGACCACGGAGGACUACUGGAGGAUGUUGUGGGAGCACAACUCGACCAUAGUUGUCAUGCUCACUAAACUAAGAGAGAUGGGACGGGAGAAAUGUCACCAGUAUUGGCCAGCUGAGCGCUCAGCUCGGUACCAGUACUUUGUGGUGGAUCCCAUGGCCGAAUACAACAUGCCUCAAUACAUCCUCCGAGAAUUCAAAGUUACCGACGCCAGAGAUGGCCAAUCACGGACAGUUCGUCAAUUCCAGUUCACUGAUUGGCCAGAACAAGGAGUGCCAAAGUCAGGGGAGGGAUUCAUUGAUUUCAUUGGCCAAGUGCAUAAAACUAAGGAACAGUUUGGUCAGGAUGGACCAAUUACCGUGCACUGCAGCGCUGGAGUUGGCCGGACGGGCGUGUUCAUCACGCUGAGCAUCGUACUAGAGAGGAUGCGGUACGAAGGCGUUGUUGACAUCUUUCAGACUGUCAAGAUGCUGCGCACACAGAGACCUGCCACCGUUCAAACAGAGGACCAGUACCAGUUCUGCUACCGUGCCAGUCUGGAGUACCUAGGAAGCUUUGAUCAUUAUGCAACAUAAAUGUGUCAUAGCACGUCCCACCUAAUCCACUUGCUAGGCGGCGACGUGUCUGUGAAGAGAGCGCCACCAACAUGCAGAGUGAAGGGAGCUCCUUCGUACCCACAAAGAGAACCUCUAACUGAGCCAUAGUAAUCUGCUUGACAACCUGUGACUGAAACACACCCCUUGGUCAAUCUGAAGAAGCAACUUGCUCCAAUACUUGAUCAGAAUAUUGUCUUUGUUUCAGUCAGUGCUAUUUUCUGAGCACCCAGGUUGUUUUACAUUGUACGGGUGUGGAACUUUUCACCUCAUCCACCACGUAGCAUCACCAACCAUGACAGAUAGAGCAUCACAGGACUUUUGAUUUUUCUAUCUAUGGACGAACUUGAAAGCAUCCAUCAUAUGGACGCCACGUGGACGGACACAAAGUGGAACUUUGAAGCACCGCAGAAUUGCCAACAGGAGAGUGGAACCUCACCGAGCACACACUAUCGAGAAUACACAGACCCACAAUGGAUGUCAGGAAGUGUUCCCCUUUUUGUGUUUUUUUAAGGAAGCAGACACUUGUUUCCUAUUAAGGAAAAUUACAUUUCUGUCACAUAAUAAUAAAAAAAAGCACCAGUUAAAAUUAAUUCUUCACAAUUUAAGGUAAGGGAACUUUGAGAGGUGGUUCAGGGUGAAUUCCGUCUUUCACCGACCCUGACAAGGAUAAGCAAUCUUGAGCAUGGAUGGAUUGAUGGAUGGAAUUUCGAGAGGUUUAAAAAGCACCAUAAAAACAAUAUCAACAUGUGACUCAUUUUCUUAAAAAAAAAAAAAAAAAAAGUGGGCUCUUUUAUGAAGCGAGGCACCCGUUUGUUUUUGUUUUUUAUACUUUAAAUACUUUUUAUGUUGCCAUUUUUUUCCAAAGAGGUACAAUCAGAUGCAGUUGGGGUUUGCCGUUUUAACAAAAGUGUUCAGGGUUAGGGUUCCAACAGGGGUUGAAUCUUUAUAAUUAGGCACAGGAUUCUCGAAUAUGUUUGAUUCAGGAUCAGGAAUGACGUUAAGAGAUACAGCUUCAAAGUCAGCGUUAAGGAGUAUAAUUAAGGUUUAGUUUAGGGGCCAAGGCAUCAGUAUUAAAAAGUGUGCCCUUACCAGCCAGUUCCAUGAACAUUCUCAAUUCUGCGUGUCUACCAAGAUAAUGAUGGAUAAAGAAGAAUGGUUAUCACAAAUCCGUUGAGUGUGCACGGAAUGUUUUUUUGUUUUUGUGCGGGUAUGAAAAACUAUUUAAAACUUCACCUAGACUUCGUCGAGGCAACGUUCUCACCGGAAUGCUCACCACUGACUCGCGUGUCUGUCUGAUUCAGUGUGCAAUAAGUAGAUGUAUGCUAUAUAUUUUUGUGUCCACUCCCCUACUGCAGCCACAUGCCAUGAUGAUCAAGUUAAAUAUUAACGAUACAUCAUGUCCCAGACACGAGGAUGUUAAACAUUUGAUUCCACCACCACCCCAAGUAGACAAUGUUGUCGUCACGGUUACCAACAAAUGACUGCAUCCCGCAAUGAAUAGUUUAAGUUUAGAUUUCUAGUGCCUUAUAUUACACGCCUAUUUUGAUAACGUUACGUUUAAGGGUUCCUGUGUAUUUUACGUAUGCACUCUUAUGUAUAUUUGUCGUCUGUGUGCUUGUGCGUGCGGCUUAGAGAAAGAAAGAAGAUAUAUAAUUUUGUUAUGUUCCACUAUAUGACAACUGUGCGUGUUUUGUUUUUCUAUGGUAGGGUGGCUCAUCAUAAUGAUCACUUUGAAUGGAAUGCAGUCAUAUCACUUUGAAGAAGAAAUGAGCACAGCAACCAAGACUCAACUGCAGUAAAAAAUAUAUAUACAGUGGUACCUCUACAUAUGAAGUUAAUUUGUUCCAGGACCUUCUUUGUAAGUCGAAAUGUUCGUAUGUCGAGUUGGAUUUUUCCCAUAAGAAUACAUUAUAAUUAGCGUUGAGCGUCGAGCAUUGAUAGAUUCCUGGACUAACACUCCGGUUCUCCCUGAAACGUUUGAAUUUUUCGAUUUCGAUUCCAAGUUUCGAUGCCCUGACCGCCGACUGGAAAAAAUAGCUGCCGAACACCACGCCACAUGAAGACCAGCUCCGUUAUGAGCAAAUCAAAUGAAGUUGCUAAUUUAGCUUAGCACAAAAACGUGUUGCUUCGCUUAAAAUAAAUAACAACAAAAUAAACACACCGAAAUGAUAUCAGACCCUCUGUUAGAACGUGCAGAGGAGGUAUGUAACGUCGGUAAACCUCACGGAUUCUUUUCCAACGAAAGUAAUGUUCUUUUUGCCUGCUGCUUCCAGUAAGUCACCACUAGGGGAAGCCAAGUGGACAUAGCAAAACCAAAGAAAAACUAGAGUCCGGAGUUACAAUAGUGACAUCUUGUGAAUCCAACUUAAAAAAUAGUCAACUUAAGAUCAAGGGACAGAACACUCCUGACAUCUGCGAGAUGUCAGGCCUUAAGUAACUUGUAGAAAUACCACCUAAAACAAACGAUGCAAUACAAUAAAUGCCUGCAGCAUAAGACACUCUAAAACAUAGGCAAAAGAAUAUGUUUAAAUGUUUUCUCCCUGAGCUUUUGAAAACUAAACUUCUACGUGAAAGUGCACUCGUUUGGAAAGAAACUUCAUCAUAUUCAAGUUCAAGGACUGAUAAACUGACAAGUUAAAAAUAACCCUGUGAGAAAUUCAUUGCAAAGUUAAUUGAAAGUUCAUAUAAUUUAAAAAAUAAUCGAAGUUAAAAAAUUAGAAUAAGCAAUUUUUUUUUUACCCUGCCUGUUAAAAGAAUCGGAGUCGAGAAUCAUUUGGAACCUAAAUCAAAACGUGGAAUCAGAACUGUUAAAAUUCAAACGAUACCCAACCCUAAUUAUAAUGCCAUUAAUUGGCUCCACAGCUCGAAAAACUACACUAAAUCCUUAAUAAAUACUGAUGGUACUAUUGCAAAUAGCAAUUACACAGAGCAAAACAAAUAAAUUAUGAAUAAAAAUCUGAAUUAUAAUAAUAGUAAUAAUACCUGUAAUAAUGUAACGAAUCAGGUUCCAAUGUGGCGGAUGACUUUUGCGUGGUGUACCCGAACGCACCACGUGGCUGACAUAACAGAGUGAGAGAGGACUUUUUAUUUUCACUUUUCAUGUUCUUGUUGUUUGCUUCAGCUGCGGCGGACAGUAGGCAUGUUGUGUUGCACAAGUUCUGAAAUAUGAUCCCUCAUUUAUAUAUAU